AUGUCCGCCGGAGCCACCAAACACCAUCUGAGAGUGUUGAGGAUUCUGACCAUUCAGACUGUCUGCAUCAUGUCCGUUUCAUGUUUUGUUCCUUUAGCAGUUACAUCAACACUGUUCAUUGAUGUUCAUUCAUACAUUGUCAGCUUUUGCCUUCUUGCCCUAGGAAUGGAUUCAGUGAUCAAUUCACUUCUAACUCUAUACUUCAACCCAGUUUUCAAGCGAACUAUUCUGACCCUCUUCCAAACUCAGUUCUCCUCUUUGCGAAGUAAUGUAAGCUCAGUAGUCGCAGGUUGA